AUGUUUGAAGUUAAGAGAGUGCUGUCUAUACAGUCGCACGUCAUCCAUGGGUAUGUUGGGAACAGAGCAGCUACGUUCCCCCUGCAGUGUCUCGGAUGGGACGUUGAUGUUAUCAAUACGGUCAACUUUUCCAACCAUACAGGGUACGGUUCAGUGAGAGGGACGAAAUCCACGCACGAGGAGAUCAACGAGGUACACAGAGGGCUUUCCGAUAUCGGGGUUGUGUAUGAUGCGUUUCUAACUGGUUAUAUCCACGGUGCGGAAGCGUUGGAGGCUGUUGGUGAGAUUGGACGUCGGAUGAAGGCCGAGAACCCCCAAAUGCUGUGGCUGCUGGACCCGGUGAUGGGGGAUGAAGGAGAGCUCUACGUCAGCAGCAGCGUGAUCCCAAGCUAUAGGAAGAUCCUGAUGCAAGGUGGCGUGGACAUCAUCACUCCAAACCAGUUCGAGGCCGAGCUGCUGGUUGACUUCGCCAUCGAUUCCUACGACGCGCUGCAGAGAGCACUCGAGGAGCUACACACCAAGUUCAGGGUCGACCACGUUGUGAUCUCGUCGCUCAAGAUCGGAGACGACAAAAGCAUCAAGGCCGUCACGUCCCACCGGACUCGCCAGCACACUCGCCAGUACAUCUUUGACAUCCCCUUCAUAGAGUCCUACUUCACCGGCGUCGGCGACCUCUUCUCCGCGCUGCUGCUGGACCGUGUCUACGAAUACUCCAGACUGGCCCACAGAGACUCGUACCUACAGCAGUCCGUCAACGAGUCGCUUUCCGUCAUGGCCCACGUCCUCAAGGUCACCAGCGACGCAGCGUCCAGGGAGCUGGGCUCUAACGUCGUAUCGAAGAUGGGCUCCGCCGACACCAUGAAGUCCUGCGAGCUACGGCUCAUACAGUGCAGAGACUCCUACUCCUCGAGAGAACAGCUGUUUACUCCAAGGAAGCUGUAA